AGCAGAGGUUUGCAGGAGAAACACAUACAUCGGGUUCUGAUCAAAUGGGUUCUACUUCGGGCCAGGGCGGCACUUACGAUUUCUCGUUCAAAAUAUUGCUGAUCGGAGAUUCUGGGGUCGGCAAAAGCAGUCUUCUUAUCAGUUUCAUCUCUGCUGCUCCAGAGAUCAUUGCCCCUACCAUUGGAGUGGAUUUUAAGAUCAAGCUUCUAACAGUUGGUGGGAAGAGACUAAAGCUCACAAUAUGGGACACUGCUGGACAGGAGAGGUUUAGAACAUUGACAAGCUCCUUCUACCGCAAUGCCCAUGGUAUCAUUCUUGUGUAUGACGUGACGAGAAGAGAAACAUUCACAAACUUGUCUGAUCUGUGGGCAAAAGAAGUUGAGCUCUACUCCACUAAUCAAGACUGCGUUAAGAUGCUUGUGGGAAACAAAGUCGACCGUGAUUCAGACAGAGCGGUGACAAAGGAGGAGGGAGUUGCUCUCGCUGGAGAGCUCGGAUGUUUGUUCGCCGAAUGCAGCGCCAAAACCAGAGAAAACGUGGAAAAAUGCUUUGAACAGCUUGCCUUAAAGAUAAUGGAGGUUCCUAGUCUGCUAGAAGGACCUAAUGCUCAGGGAAACGUUUUCAAAGAGAAGCCCGAACCCCACUCACCUCCUCGGCGCAGUUGCUGCUCCUAACUCACUCGCUCUCGCUGCCUCAGUCGGUUUCUGCUCCUCGGUACAAGAUGGAAACCAUGUCUGUACUGUACCUCCCCAAAGGAGAGAUGCAAACUGUCCGACGAACAGAACACCCGAAUAAGUCAGAUUCUGGCAUGACCAAAUCUUGCAAGAUUUUAAUAGAAUGCACAACUUGC